UCUGAGGCGCAGGAACAGCAUGGGAUGGUUACCACCUGACUUUUCUGAGCUGAGGGUGGUUCUGCUGGGGAACAGCUGGUCUGAGAGGAGUUCAGUGGGGAACUUUAUACUCGGAGAGACUGAGUUCAACACUGAGGAAGAACCAGACGGCUGUUUGAAGGUCAGAAGACAGAUACAGGAGAAAGACAUAGUUCUCAUCAACACUCCAGAUCUGCUGAGUCCCCACAUCUCUGAAGACAGACUGACAGAACACGUGACAGCCUGUGUGAGACUCUCUGAUCCUGGACCUGAUGUGUUCCUGCUGGUUCUACAACCUGAAGACUUCAGUGAGGAACACAAACAGAGACUCUGCAGAGUCCUUAAAUGCUUCAGUGAUCAAUCAUUUGAUCAUUCAUUGAUACUGAUAUCAUCACCCAGAGAGCAGAGCUCCAAAUAUACUCAGUAUUCUCCCUUCAAAGACAUGAUCAGAGAGUGUAGGGACAGAUAUGUGGAGCAGGUGAACCUUGAACUUCCAGAGCUGUUGACACGUUUGGGUCAAUUUGUGAAGGAGCACGAUGGAGAGCAUGUUAGCUGUGAUGUGUUCAUGGAGCCCACUGAUGAAACAAAAAGCACUCAUCAAAGGAAAACCAGACCUGGCAGCAUUGGUGCUGUUGCUGCUGGGCCACCUGCUAAUGAUGACAUCAUCCCAUCUGGGGAAAUCAGAAUUUUGCUUCUGGGGAAAAAGGAUGACAGAAUGUCAAAGCUUGGUGACUUCAUCAAAGCCAAAAAAAACAAACCUUUUGCAGCAAAACAAAAGGUGGAGACUGCAGAGUGGAGAGGAAAGCCUCUAAAAGUAGUAAAAACUCCAGAUGUUUUCAGUCUGUCUGUGAAGAAGCUCAGAGGAGAGAUGAAGAACGCUGUGAGUCUUUGUCCUCCAGGACCAAAUGUUCUGCUGCUGUUAGUGGAACCUUCUGAUUUCACUGAAGAGAACAGAGAAAGACUGAAGUUCAUCCUCAGUCUGUUUGAUCAAGAUGCUUUUAAACACUCAGUGAUCAUCAUCACACAUGAGGGCGGUCAUCCAUCCGUGUCUUUUAGACGUCUACUUAAAGACUGUGGAGACAGACUCUACAAGAUGACUUACAACAACCGUCUGUCAUUAAUGAAGAAUAUAGAGAACAUUGUUAAUGCGAACAAAGGAGACUUCCUCACCCUCACUGAAGAGUUGAUCACUCUGAAGUCUGAACACAUGAAACCAGCUUUAAACCUGGUCCUGUGUGGGAGGAGAGGAGCAGGGAAGACUUCAGCAGCAAAGGCCAUUUUAGGUCAGACAGGUCUUCAUUCAGCCUCCAGCUCAUCAGAGUGUGUUAAACAUCAGGGAGAGGUGUGUGGACGUCGGGUUUCCCUGGUGGAGCUUCCUGCUCUGAGUGGAGAACCUCUGGAGACAGUGAUGAAGGAAUCACUCAGGUGUGUCUCCCUCUGUGAUCCUGAAGGUGUCCAUGCCUUCAUCCUGGUCCUACCUGUGGGUCCUCUCACUGAUGAAGACAAGGGAGAGUUAAAGAUGAUCAAGGACACCUUCAGCUCUCGAGUCAAUGACUUCCCCAUGAUUCUGUUCUCUGUGCAGUCAGAUCCUUCAGCUCCGGCUGUUGUUGACUUCGUCAUGAAAAGCAAUGACAUUCAGGAGUUCAUUCAGAGCUGUGGAGGAAGACAUGUUGUUCUCAACAUCAAGGACCAGCAGCAGAUCCCAGAGCUGUUGGACACGGUGGAAAAGAUGCAAAAAGAUGAAGACAAACCAAGUAGCUACACAACAGAAACAUAUGCACAUGCUCAAAUGGAAAAGAUCAGCAGACUACAUGCUAAGCUUGAAGGCCUGGUUACGCGUGAUGAUGAGAAGCAGAGCUCAGAGCAUCUCAGGAUUGUGAUGAUCGGGAAGACCGGCUCUGGGAAGAGUUCUUCAGGAAACACCAUUCUAGGAAGAAAGGAAUUCCCAGCUAAAUCCAGUCAAACAUCAGUCACUAAAUUCUGUCAGAAGGAACAUGGUGAAGUGAACGGUCGUCCUGUCACUGUGGUUGACACUCCUGGUCUGUUUGACACGACUCUGUCCAAUGAAGAGGUUCAUGAAGAGAUGAUUAAAUGCAUCAGUCUUCUGGCUCCAGGUCCACAUGUCUUCCUGUUGGUGAUACAAAUCGGAAGAUUCACACCUGAGGAGAAGGAGACAUUAAAACUGAUCAAAGAAGGCUUUGGGAAGGAUGCUGAGAAGUUCACCAUCAUCCUUUUCACUGGAGGAGAUAAACUGCAGCGUGAGAACAUGUCCAUUGAAGAAUAUACUAAAGAGGGAUGUGAUGAGUCUUUCAAGAAACUGAUCUCUGACUGUGGAGGAAGAUACCACGUGUUCAAUAACUAUGACGAACAAAACAGAACUCAGGUCAGUGAGCUGAUGGCAAAGAUCAACACCAUAGUGAAGACAAAUGGAGGCAGCUGCUACACCAAUGAGAUGCUGCAAGAAGCUGAAGCUGCAAUAAAGAAAGAAAUGGAGAGACUCUUAAAGGAGAAGGAAGAGAUGAGAAAAGAGAGGGAGGAACUUCAAAGAAAACAUGAGGAAGGAAUGAAAGAAAUGGUGGAAAGAAUGAAAAAACAAGAAGAAGACAUGAAAAGAGAGAGAGAAAAGAGAGAAAAGGAACUUAAAGAAAAGGAGGAAAUCAUACAGAAGGAACAAGAGGACAGAAGGAAAGAAAAGGAAAUGAGAGAAGAAGAAGACAGGAAGAAAAAAGAACAGGAAGAACUUCAGCGACAGGAGUGGGAACAGAAACUUGAAGCUUUGGAGGAAAAUAUAAAGUUAGAAUCAGAGGAAAAAGAAACAACUGAGAGCAGAGAAAAGAUGAGAGAAGAAAGAGAGAGCUGGGAGAAAAAGCAAAAGGAAUGGUGGGAAAAACGAAAUCAAGAAGAGGAACAGAGACGACAGGAGGAACAAACAAGACCCAGAAAACUUCAAGAGGAGUUUGAACAGGAAAGAGAAAAUGAUGAAAAGAAAAGAAAGGAAGAGGAUCAGAGAAGACAGGAAGAAGAGGAAAAAGAGAAGAAAGCCAUCGAGGAGAAGUUUAAGACAGAAAUUGAGAGUCUGACAAAGAAGCAGGAAGAUGAAGCCAGAAAGAAAGCUGAAGAGUUCAAUGAGUUCAAAGAGAAAUACAGAAAGAAAUCAGCAGCUCAGAGGAAAGAGUACGGGAAACAAAUGAAAGACAAAGAUGAGAAAUAUGACCUCUUGAAGGCGCUGAAAGCCCACAACGAAGAACAAAUGAGGAAGAAACAUCUACAACAUAUUUGUAACAUCAUGAAAUGUGUGAACAAAAAGAAGGACAACCUCAAAGAAAUCAGUGAGUUACUGAGAACACAGGAAGAAGAAAUGAAAAAGCAGGAAACUGAGGAGGCAAAGAAAAGUCUGCAGGACAAACAUGAAAUCGUAAUGGACUACUUGUUAAAGAAACUUUUGAGUCAAGCCGACGAAACAUUUUGGUCACAAACAAAAAACUUAUUUGGGUUUUAAGUAACUGAAACUAAAAAAGCAUCAGACACACUGUGGUUGUUUUUUAUUGGACAGCAUAUCACGGUCACAGGAAUACUUCUCCUGAUGGUCAUUUGUUUGAAUCUGCUGUCUCUGAAGCUGCAGGUAACCAAAGCAACAGUAAUGAUGCUUCAAGCUUAAUCAACAGGUGACAGGAAAACUAAAGACUCUCUACAUCUAAGGAGAAAACAAGCAGCUGACCUCAGAUGAGGUGACUUAAUCAAUGUGGUGCUGGAACAAAGUUAAUCCAAAGAAUGAACCUUUAUCUAACACCAGUUUCUGACUCCAGACAUGAAGUUGUCUCAUCACAGUUAUCUGUAGAGGAACGUUUUAUCUGAAGCUGAAAAACAUUACUGAUAAACAUAGACACAGAGGAUGUUAUACUCAGUGAACUAUUGAGGAUGUAAGCUCUGUCUUAGCAGCUCGUAGAUCACAGUUAACAGCCUGUCUUCUCUUGGUGAGGAUGUUUGUGAGGAUGUGUUGUUCAAGUUGUGACUUAUGACUUCUCUGUGUCUCUAUAUGACAUAACAACCUUUAAUGAGCUUGGUGAUGUCUUAAAAACUGAGCUGCAGGUUUUGAGUUUUCUCCAGGUUUAAGUGUCACCUUGUUACAUGAGGUGAUGAAAACAUGCAGAUUUGAAGCUCUGAUUGAAAGGGGAGAUUGAAUCUGGCCCUGUGUCUGUGUAUCUGCUGCCCUCUGCUGGUUUCCUGUUAUCAUUGGUUACUGCUCAAACAGUCUGCAGUGUGCUCCAGCUGAAACAACAUCUUGUUUUCUUUGAAUAGUUUUCUUAACAUGUGAGACAGAAAGAAGUGAACUAGUGUCUUUACAGUGUGCUGUGCAGUUUGUUUUGUAAAGACUGGAGUUCAUGUUUGUUUCUAAAACUUCUCUUGGACAGGCAGAUUGUGACAAAGUGUAUUCUGCUCUCACCCAAAUCUAACAAACUAUAAUGAAGCAGCAACAUUUAAAAGCUGAAUAACUCACUCAGUUAUGAUAAUAGUUUCAUCUUUAACUUUCAUAAUCUUCUAUAUUUGACUUUAUUUCUUUAAUGUGUUUCCAGUUCUAUAUCUUUGUUUGGUUAAACAUGAAGUAAGACUUGAUUUGGUGAAACUGAUCACAUUAACUUCAGAUAAAUCUUGAAGUGUACAUUCUGUGUUUGAUCAUUAGAAACUGUUUCCCUGAUAAUCAGUGUGGACUGAUGUUCAUAUAAUAAACUCUAUAAUAAUCUGA